GUUUUUCACUACACCUGUCUCCACGAGUCGCCACUCUCUCGACUGCUAUCUCCGCUACCACCCCGCAGUCUCAUUCGCUGUUAGUACUCGUGCUGCCCAGCAUCUUGGAGAGCAACGUGAGCGUGCAUGGGCUCUGCGGUAUCAGCAGGAGCCUGUGAACCAGCCUACCCUAAUUGCUCUUCUUGCUCAAGAAUACGAUGAAUUUCCCGACCAGCAGCGCACGAUGGACGUCUUGUGUGCCUGUACGCCACAGGACGAGGAGAAAAUCGGUGGUACCAUGGCCCGCAAGCACGCUGAGAUGCGCAGGAUGCAAGAGUGGCAGCAUUUUAUUGCUUUGCAGGCCCACAUCGAGGAGGAACAAGGUUUUGCCCGCCACCGCGCAAAUGCCGAGAAAUUCCUCGCAGAAGCUGAGGCCUCCCUCAGCGAAUUUCUACCUCCGGAUCAGGAACCAUACCUCAAUGCCUUUCAGCCUUUCGACCUGCCUGAUACUUCUGUCCGCACUCCCACCUCCAAGAUCAUCGUAGAGGAUGAGCCUUUGCCUAAGGACAUGAUUGAGGGCUGUGCUAUGACAGAAAACUGUGUUAUGGCAGAGUACCGGUUUGAAGAGCGCGAUACGCUCCAGUCGAUCUUUGACCGUCUCUCUGCAGGUACUUCGACCGAAGUUCCUAUUGAACGCGUUCCCGUACCAUCCACUCCCGCGGAGACUUCUAGCUCCAUGCAGGUCAAGGUCAACGAAAAGGGAAAAUGAAAAGCCAAGGAGAUCCCUGGAUUUGACGCCGAAGACCCUGUGACUGUUGAGCAACCCGUUCACCCGAUGCAUAUUGACCUCUCGGAGGACAUGAGCAAAGUGGAUGUGAGUGCAUUCUUCCUCUGUUGAGAGCUGUGAGAAUGAGGAAUGGUUUCGAUGCUUGAUCAUCUUGUAUCUUUUAAUUUAAAUAUCACUUAUGUUCUACAUAUACUUUGUUCUAUCCGUUCAUAUUUACUUGAUUACGG